UACAACAAGGGCCCGAGUUCCCUUUUCAACCUUCACUGCGAACACGGUAGCGAGAGGGGCACCUUCAAGCAGGGGUCGAUAAAGAACCACUUGUAAUAUUUAUACACACAUACAAGAACAAUGUCCUUCCUCUCUAUCAGCAGACUAGCUCCAAGGCUCCUCAGUUCAAAGAAUGCAGCAUGCGUUGUUGUGGCUGCCAGAAAUGUCAGUGCAUCCACGAAUUUAAAAGAUGUCUUAGCAGACCUCAUCCCUAAAGAACAGAGCAGGAUCAAGAACUUCAAACAGCAGCAUGGCAAAACCCCAAUCGGUCAGAUAACGGUGGACAUGGUUUAUGGAGGAAUGAGAGGCAUGAAGGGUUUAGUGUACGAGACCUCUGUGCUCGACCCUGAUGAGGGCAUCCGUUUCCGUGGUUACAGCAUUCCAGAAUGUCAGCAGCUGUUGCCCAAGGCUUCUGGUGGAGAGGAGCCGCUGCCAGAGGGUCUGUUCUGGCUGCUGAUCACAGGACAGGUGCCCACUGAGGAGCAGGUGAGUUGGUUGUCUAAGGAGUGGGCUAAGCGUGCGGCCCUUCCCUCUCAUGUGGUCACCAUGCUCGACAACUUCCCCACCAACCUGCACCCCAUGUCUCAGUUCAGCGCCGCCAUCACGGCUCUGAACAGUGAGAGCAGUUUUGCUCGGGCUUACUCUGAGGGAGUUAACAAGGCCAAGUACUGGGAGUUUGUGUACGAGGACUCCAUGGACUUGAUCGCCAAGCUCCCCUGCGUGGCGGCCAAGAUCUACCGUAACUUGUACCGUGAAGGCAGCAGCAUCGGCGCCAUCGACUCCAACCUGGACUGGUCACACAACUUCACCAACAUGCUGGGCUACAGCGAGCCACAGUUCACAGAGCUCAUGAGGCUGUACCUCACCAUCCACAGUGAUCAUGAGGGUGGAAACGUCAGCGCACACACUAGUCACCUGGUAGGCAGUGCCCUAUCUGACCCCUACCUCUCCUUCAGUGCUGCUAUGAAUGGCCUGGCCGGACCCCUGCAUGGACUGGCCAAUCAGGAGGUGCUGGUGUGGCUGACAGCCCUGCAGAAGGAGCUCGGUGGUGAGGUGUCUGAUGAGAAAAUGAGAGAUUACAUUUGGAACACACUCAAAUCAGGCAGAGUGGUUCCAGGCUAUGGCCACGCUGUGCUGAGGAAGACCGAUCCCCGCUACAGCUGUCAACGGGAGUUUGCCCUCAAGCACCUUCCCAAUGACCCCAUGUUUAAGCUGGUAGCUCAACUCUACAAGAUCGUACCCAAUGUGCUUCUGGAGCAGGGCAAGGCCAAGAACCCCUGGCCCAAUGUAGAUGCACACAGCGGAGUCCUGUUGCAAUAUUAUGGCAUGACUGAGAUGAACUAUUACACUGUGUUGUUCGGCGUAUCCCGGGCUUUGGGCGUCCUCGCCCAGCUGGUAUGGAGCAGAGCGCUUGGCUUCCCUCUGGAGCGUCCCAAGUCCAUGAGCACGGACGGACUCAUGGCACUUGUUGGGGCAAAAUCAGGCUAGAGAGGGAGAGACCAUGCCAGCGGAGUGAGAACAGGAAGGGGAGGAGCUUAAACUAUUAGAAACAAGCCUCCGGGCUAAGGGAUAUAAAGAGACAGUACACUUUUAAAUUUCAUCUAAAAAGGGCCUUUAUUAAUAUAAAAACGUCAAGAUUACACGUCCCAUUUACACUCUUAUUAGUCUUUCAUUCCCAAAACCACAUUUACAGCUACUUUUUUCACGGGAAAUGUGUAGACACAUUACACAAUCAUCACUUGUGAUCGCUCCUCUUCAGUUUUCCCGCAUUUCUUGCCAGUUUUUCAGACCAUCUGACCAGCUUGAAUGACGCAGCUAUGGAUGUAGUGGGGUGGUUUGAUGGAGAAGGGUGUGUUAUUGUCCAAGAACACAGCCGAGAGCAAUCUUCCCAGAAAUCACUUCUCUCCUAUUUAAACUAAGAACGACUAUUUAAUACUAGUUAGUUCACCUAGUAUGUAAAUAAACGCUUUAUCCUCAGCUGUCACGCCAACUAUUUCAGUUUUAGUCUUGUACUUUUACUCUCCCGAGAUCAGAUGUUCACUUGAGCCUCUGUUUGAAUGAGGAAACGAAUCGUCAAAGCCCUUCUCUGAGCCUGUCCGAUAAUUCGAUGAAGUUUGACUAGGCGUUCCUCUAUCUAACAUCAAGUUUCUCCUUGUAAGAGCACUCCAUGGCGGCAAAACGGUCCUCUCUCAAUAGAAUUGAUUCUAUGAGUUCAGUUCAAAUUGGGAAGCUUGUAUAUUUGUUUAAAAGGGUACUGCCCCUUUAACUCUCAUAUUGCUCUCUGACUUCAACCAAUCGUCUUCAUCUUCCUGUCUGUUGUUUGGACGCACAUGUGGUGCCCUUUUUAUUUAAAAUAACCAGUCCUUCCAAUUUUUUUCUCCUUUAUUCCAUCAGUGGACAUAUUGGCUUUGAUUUGUUAAAGAUUUGUGUCAUUCACACAAAUUAUUGUAGUCGCAGGUGAUUCGCGUACCAACUUGAGAGCAAGUCGAAUUUGUGGCAUUUAUUUGUACGUUCAUCCAAGAGCGUUCAAAAUCUGCUAUCUUUUUACCUGUUUAGAGUUUGUUUCCUUUUUUUUCCCCCAGUGUUUUGAAGAAGGAUGUCUUGUAUAAAGAGAAAAGCUGUCAUUUUGUGUAGGUAUACAUAAUUUGUGGUUUUAUUUAUUCAUGUAAAUAUAGUUUGAAUGUAUGAACUGCAUAUCAACAGUGUCUCACCAUCCCUGUAAGUCAUCAAACUACUUACUAUAACCAUCAAUAAUGACUCACUUAACUCUUUAUUUUAAAUAAAUUAUACCUUUAAUAUAAUUUAAAACACGUCUUGUACAUGAGAUCGUCUGCUGUGGCGCACAUGGGUCUUGCUCUCUUGCACGCUUGCUCUCAGGUUGUUUUUUGGAUAAUCUAGCAGCUAUUUAGGCUAGUCAGUCCAUAAGCACUCCAAUGGCACUUUUCCCCAUCAUUAUUUUCUUUGCGUAUAACCCCCCUCAUCUGAUAGUGUGAGAAUAUUUGUCUGGUUUGCCGUGCCCUUUUCCAGUGUGACUGUUUUCAUCAUGAUGUACGUGAUUGGGUUAUGCUCCGUCAGGUUAAUUUAAAUAAUGAGGUGUGUGAAUAUGGAGAUAAUUGGUUGAAGUCGGAUCCACCAGGGAAAAAUGGGGAGGGGAACAAGAGAAUGGGGUUCAAAUGAGUCUGGAUUGAUUGGGGGGAAAAGAAGCUUAGGUGAACAAAAAAGAAAAAAAAUGGGAAAACUUGACAAAAAAAAGAAAACCAAUAAAUGUUUUUAACAAACA